AUAGUUACACUACGACGCCGCAACACAUUAGUACGAUGCGUCACGAUGCACCUUUUGUCGUGUAUAAGGGGGAAGGUUUCCUGGUAAAUAAGAUAACUGGAUUUUGAUUUUGUCGACAUCGAGUCUACGCCAUUCUUACUAGUGAAAAAGUGGUUUUUUAUUCACAAAUAGUGCUGAACAUCCUCAUUUCUUACGAGGUCAUCACAGUGAAGCAGGUAGAAAUAUCGGUUCGAUUUAGAACUAGGGUGCUUGUGAUGUAGCUGUGAAGGUUUAUUCGACAAUCUAGUGUCUACAGCUUUAGAUUUUUAAACAUGUUCGGUUUGGCUAUUAUUAUUCGAGAUGCCUUAAAGCCCUUAAGUGUUAUCUUAGGAACAGAUAUCGCAGCGCUUUUGUUGUUGUUAUCGAUUUUAUCAGCAUAUCCUUUUGCGAUAUUUUAUCGAAAAUUCAUCUAUGGGAGGGAGAAGAUUAUCCAACAUUUGUAUUUCGUAACUACUGGUUUGAUUCUCGGAUACGUCAACUAUGGAAAUGACAUGAUACAUCCUUUGGCCGCCAUGGCCGCUUCCUAUGCCUUCCUAGCAUUCCUAGGUGGAACCUCUUUGGCAGUGGCAGCAGUUUUCAUAUUUAACAUGUUAUAUUUAUUGAUAGGAUAUUACAUAAUGAGUACAGAUUCCUAUGAUAUCAACUGGACGAUGCCCCAUUGCGUCUUAGUUUUGAGACUAAUCGGUGUUGCUUUCGAUUAUUAUGAUGGACAACAGAACGAAGAAAAGUUGGGGACUGAUAGCAAGAAAUACAUGUUAAAAUAUCUUCCCAAUCCUCUCGAAUUUUUAGGAUUUGCCUGUUUUCCAGCCAGUUUUAUGGUUGGACCACAGUUUCCAAUGAAAAGAUACCAAAAUUUCAUUGAUGGACAAUUUGGCGACAAGAAGGACCCUUUGAAAGCACCGGAGAGCGAAAUAGCUGCAUUGAGGAGGUUUGGCCUUGGAUUAUUGUACCUAUUACUUUUUCAAUUAUUAGGGAUGCUUGUAUCCGACGACUUCAUUAUCUCCGAGGGAUUCGAAAGGAAUUCUUUCUUUUGGAAGCAUAUUCUGCUAGGUGUUUGGGGACGAUAUACCUUGUACAGAUACAUAAGCUGUUGGUUACUAGCCGAAGGAGGUUGUAUUUUAUUUGGUAUCACCUAUAAUGGCAUCGAUGAAAAUGGCAAAAAAGAGUGGAAUGGCCUCCAAAAUAUCAAGCUUUCCCUCAUAGAGAAUACAAAAGAAUUUGGGGACUACAUUAAAUCGUUUAAUAUCAAUACAAACCACUGGGUAGCGCAUUACAUCUUCAAGAGAUUGAAAUUCUUAGGAAAUAGAAACCUGAGCCAGCUGGGAGCUUUGUUUUUCUUAGCAGUAUGGCACGGGUACCAUAGUGGAUACUUUCUCACGUUUUUCGUCGAAUUUUUAGUGAUAUACAUGGAAAGAGACAUAAAAUACAUCAUAAAAGCAAACCAAAACCUGUCACAGUUCUUCGAUCAGGCAGCUGUUGAUAUAGUUGUCAGCUUCAUCUUGAGAAUAUACAGCUUCAUCUUUAUGGGUUUCUGUCUCAUUCCUUUUGUAUUUUUAACUUUUGAGAAGUACUGGGUGGUUUUGGGACAUAUAAAUUACUCGGGGUUAAUAAUGUUUGGAUUGUAUCCAGUCAUAUGGGGUCCAAUCUUGAGAGCUAUAGUGGUCGAUAAGAGAAGAGACUGAAACCUUGAAUUGUUAAAAUGAAUAAUAUCUCAAUUUGUAGUUUAUGUUUAUUAAUGUUUUUUAAUUGUUAUCAUUUAUAACUACAGCAAUUCGUAUCGUGAUACAAUGAAACAAAACCUUAUUGGAUAUAAAUAAUGAAGAAUU